AGUCAGACGAUUGAUGGAGGAAGUGACAAAAAACACCAAAACAAACUAAUCGAUUUGACUUUCCGCAACUCUCAUUCAGAGACGUUAUGAAAAACAGGAUUAUUGCCCCGAAACAUAUGCUGUCAACGCAAGGGGUAAUAAUAAACUCAUGGAGCUGCGGAGAGUAACGAGCCUCCGGCGGGGCUGCAAAAGAGCCAAGCCGCCCAGCGCGAUCAUGUGGCGGGAUAGUAAAGUUCUGCGCCCGCUGCCCGUGGAGACCAAUAAUGAUGAGGAACCCAUGGAGGAAGACGACUUUUUCUCCUUGGGGUUCCUCAAGAAGGACAAUUUCGAGGCUGGGAUAGUCUUCACAGCGCCUCGGUAUAGUUUAAUUCGGGAAGUGGGUCGCGGGAGCUACGGCGUGGUUUACGAGGCCGUCGCCCGGAGGUCUGGAGCUCGUGUGGCGAUUAAAAAACUCCGUUGCGACGCGCCUGAAAAAGUGGAGCUGGCGCUGGCUGAGUUCUGGGCCCUGGCGAGCCUGGAGAAAAGGCACGAAAAUGUGGUGCAACUGGAGGAGUGUGUCCUGCAGAGAAACGGGAUGGCACAGAAGAUGAGCCACGGGAACAAACGAAACAAGCAGUAUUUGAGAUUAGUGGAAACGUCGUUGAAAGGUGAGCGUAUCCUGGGUUACCCAGAGGAACCUUGUUAUCUUUGGUUUGUUAUGGAGUUCUGCGAUGGCGGUGACCUUAAUCAGUACAUCCUCUCACGACGGCCCGAUCCACGGACCAACCGAAGCUUCAUGAAACAAUUAACCAGUGCUGUGGCCUUCCUCCAUAAAAACAACAUCGUCCACCGGGACCUCAAACCAGACAACAUUCUCAUCUCGCAGAAAUCCGGCAAUCCUGUCAUCAAGGUUGCAGACUUUGGUCUCAGCAAGGUGUGCGCGGGACUCAGCUGCAUGCAAAACGAAGGCGACGAUCAGGUUAAUAAUAAGAACAUAGUGAACAUUAAUAAGUUCUGGUUAUCAUCAGCAUGCGGAUCUGACUUUUACAUGGCACCCGAGGUGUGGGAAGGCCAUUACACGGCCAAAGCGGACAUUUUUGCGCUAGGCAUCAUCAUUUGGGCUAUGAUUGAACGGAUCACGUUUAUUGAUGCCGAGUCUAAGCGAGAGCUUCUCGGGACGUAUGUUCGCCAGGGAACUGAGAUCGUCCCGGUGGGUGAAGCCUUGCUGGAGAAUCCCAAAAUGGUUUUACACAUCCCGCAGAAAACACGGAGCAUCAUGUCGGAGGGCGUCAAGAGGCUUCUGCAGGACAUGCUUGCGGUUAAUCCACAGGACCGGCCAGAUGCAUUUCAGCUGGAGGUCAGAAUGGACCAGGUCACAUGUGCGGCGUAAGAGGACCCGAUUGGCCAAAACAAGCAUGCAACUUUUUCAGGUUUUCACAGUAAGACAGAAGUGAAAAAGGGAAAAAGCCAAUCCUGGAACUGUGAAUUGACUUUUGCGAACACUUGCAAGAAGCAGAAGUGAAAUUAAAGAGAUUUCCUGUCUAUUUUAAAGACCCAUCAGAUGGAAAUGCUAUGCAGGUAUCAUCAUCAACACCCCCAAAACUCAUCACAACAUCUAAUUCCAGAUCUCACCAGCAAUCCAGUCAUAUUCCUGCUGUUGUUUUAGACCAGAUGUUGCACUUUGUCUGUACCUCUGUCAAAACUACCUACCACUUACCACACAGUAUACAUGUGAAUAGCUAGAUGUCGAUAAUAGGGUCGAGCGAAUGUCUGCGAAUGCUCUUAAAUAUGCACCAGACGACAGAGAAGGAAGUUAUUCUGAAGCUCACGAGCACGAAGACACACUGUGAACGAUAUAAUGUGAAUUUAUGCGUGCAAAGUUACACCGUUUCUCCUUUAGGUCACGUUAAAUACAGCAUUUCUUCCCAAAAAAAAAAAAAAAAA